GGCGUGGUGACGUCACGGUUUCGUAGAAUUCUGCGCGCUCUGCCUUACGGAGUCCGAGUCUUUCGUUUUGGAGAGCCCAUAGCAUGAAUUUUCCAGGAAUUAAAGAAGACUGUGAGACCUUCCUUGGCCUCUUCCAGACCACAGACACUGUGCGUUAUGAGGAAUUCUUAUCAAUAUGGAAAGAGAUCAAAUUCAACACCAUUUUCUAUGGUGGGAUGAGGAGUCUGGAGUGUAAUAGGUUCACAAGAGAAUUGUUUUCUGUCGUCUCAGCCUAUUUCCUCCCACCCUACACAUUUCAGAUUCGAGUGGCUGCCAUGUACUUGAUGUAUGGUCUAUAUAACACUCAGUUGUGUCAGCCCAAACAAAAGAUACGUAUAGCCCUGAAGGACUGGACUGAUGUAGAACAGUUACAUCAGGAACUAAUCAGUGCUCAGCAUUUAGACGCUGUAUACAUCUACAGACAGCUGCGCCUCAUGCGGGCCUUUUACUUCACAGGGAUGCCCGCCAUGCUUACCUUCAAGUCACUGAAGAGCAUGAAACCUAUAGAAAGCAGGGAGGAAUUUAUGGAAAAAAAAGACAGAGUAUCCGACUUGAUAACGUCAGAAUCUUUGGAGGAAAUCAUGAAUAUUCAAGAGCACUACCAGAAAACAAAAUGUAAUCUUUCUGCAGAUCGAUCCCAGUCAGAUAAGACUCUGAGUUUGAUAAAAGAGGACUUUACAGAUAAUAUGCAGUCUGUAGUAGAAGAAUAUCAGUUUUGGACGCAAGAAAAGGCGGCACCAAGAACCAAAAUUGAUGAUGAGCAAGAAGGCACUUCUCAAGAAUCAGAGGGGUCAGAGAGAGCAAGACAUCUGGCACAGAUAAAAUCUAAAACCUACACUGCAGUGACCCAGGCGGUCAGGUCCAGACGUCACCGGCAGGUUCAGAUGGCGAUGAAAUCCACUGUGGCCGAAAUACAUAUUCCAAUCACUAAAGCAGAAAGGGAACGAUUAAGGAGAGCCAGGAGGAGGGCUAAGCGAGAAGCCACAAAGCAAGCCAACAUGCCAUUACCUGAGAAGGAACCUGUGAAAAUGCCAGCGAUUCCAGAGGAAGAGUCUUCAUCCAGCAGUGAAGAUCUUCACGCUUCAAAGAGACUAAGAAUAGACUAAGAUUUAUGAUCUGAAGAACUGUACAGGACGACAUAGAAACAUUUGUAUAUACUGUGCCUGUAAUAUAUUUUUAUACUGGUGACUGCAUUUUUUUUGGGGGGGGGGGGAAGUAAUAGAAUGUUAUUUAUUCUGUGUUUUUUUGUCGUU